UCCAUAACCCUAAAAUUAAAAUUACAUUAAUUUACAUCCCCAAAUAUAUGGAAAUUCUAAACCAAGAAAAAGAUGGAAAAGGAAGUAUUGGAACUCAUUAGAUUAAAAAAGUUUGAUGAUAUAAAAACUUUGCUGAAUCUCAAAGAAACUGAAGAGGUUUGUGAAUGUGUUUCUAACUACAUUCUGAAAGGGAGACCUGAUCCUAUAAACUUUAUUAAGUACAUAAUUAAUGGUUCACUGGAAGCCACAGAAAAAAGUCUACAGCGAUGUACUAAUGUCAUUAUUAGUAUAAUUAAAGUACUUCAGAAAAAUGAGAUUAAUUCAAAAACAGCUUUUGGAAUUACUAGUCUAUUAUUGACUGAGUUAGAUUUACUGAAACCAAAAUGCUUGGCUGACUUAGCACAGUUCUACAUAGAUUCAAUAAAAAAUGGAUCUUUUAAUGGUGGCAAGUCAGCUGAACUUCUACCAAAGAUCCUGGUUUUGAUUAGUUCAUGUGAUUCUGUGCCUAAAGGAGAAGGGGAUAUGAAAGGCUCAGAAUUCAAAGGUCAUGUAAUAAACAGUAUUUGCUCUUGCAGAUGGGCACCGUCUGUGAUUGUCCACAUGGCAACUUUUUUUCAUGAGAUCCCGCUUACACUAGAGGAAUUGAAAUUUGUUAUUGAAAAGAUUGUAAGAAUGUUUGCUGAAUUAGAACUAUCUGAUCAACCAGCAGUAGUAUUUCAGCUUCUGCUGCUUUCUGCAAAGGGUCACAAGAAAUUAGUACUUGAAGGGAUCUGUAAACACUACACUUUAUUGGAUGAUGUGAACAGAGGUCAAAGCAUAAUGGUUGACAGUGAAGACCUGAUAUCAGAAAGAACAUGUUUAAAAACUCUACGCCAGAUUGAAGGCACUGUUAUCUUACAUAUUACAACUGCUAUUAUGCAAGACCAGGAACUUGGUACAGAAUUGAUCAAAUAUCUUAAGAUUCUUCAACAAUCCAAAGCAACUAAAGUUAUUUCCCCUUUCAAUUUGUCACUUUUAUUGUCUAUUUCUCAACUACAUCAUUUUGAAGAUCAGGUCUUUGACUUUGUCAAAAGUACUAUACUGAAAUGCUUCCGAGAUGAUGAAAGGCAACAUCAGUCCUUGUGGGUUAGAGAAUGUUAUCCAGUUGGUGUUAAAACAGAAGAUUUGGUGUUAGAGGCAGUGGAUCAUAGCUAUGAGUUGGAACUUGUAACACUGGGGCUAGUGAAACUUGGGUUUGGGCUGAUGGACAGCUUUGGGCCAAAGUUGGUGUUUGGAGCAAUCCCAGAGGCUGUGAUGAAUGAAGGGCAUAAAACUCCAGUACAACAGGCUUGUCAGCUAGCACAGAAGUUGCUUUUAAAAACAUUCAAAGCUCAUGAAGUGGUUAGAAGUGAAAUAUUGGAUCAGAUAUUCAAUUUUAUUAUGAAAUCUACAUCCCCAGUUACCCAUUAUCUUGAGUUGCUUGCUGAUACUGUUUACUCUGCUCCACAACUUUUACUGGAGUCCACUGGCAAAGUUCAAGAACUGUUUGUUAAACUGGUUGAGCUACCACUUAAGACAGCUGAAGGUUUACUCAAUGCUCUACAACCACUCUUAAAACUUAGCCCGUUAUUGAAAGACACUUUGAUAUUGGUGCUUAGAAAAGCUUUGUUUUCAAGGCAGCUUGAAUCACGCAAAAUAGGAGCUAUUGGGUUCCUGUUGAUUCUAAAAAGUUUCCGUGUAGUAGGAGGACUUCCUUCAAGUCAAGCAAGCCAACCCAUUUCUCUCAGCCAGCUUCAAGUAGAUGUGCAUUCUGGGUACAAUGCUGGAAGCAAUGAGGCCUUAUGCUUGGAAAUACUUGGCAAUUUGAGAAGAUGUUUUAUCCAACAGGCAGAUAUUCGCACAAGUAUCUAUAUGGGACUUUAUCAAGUUCUUCAAAACAAUUCCAAGCUACUGACUCCAGUUCUUGAUAUGCUUAUGGCACAGCUUAAAAAAUAUUAUGAGGCUAAUGAAGAAGUGUGCCCUCCUUUGAGAUUUGAACCUUGUAUUUUAACACAAGGUGAACAAGUUUAUUUGGCAGAACCCUUGGCACAUCUCAUCAGCUGUAUACAACAUUGCCUGCACAUAGCAAGGGAGAUCAUUUCAAAGAACAAUAACUUACAAGAUGAUGAUGAAGAUGAAGCAAAUGAAGAAGUAAAAUCAGUUGAACUGCUGGAAACAGUGUUGGAAAAUAUUACCAGCAGAAUGAUCACUGCUGAAAUGGAAGAUUUUGAACUUGACAAAAGUGCAGACUUCAGCACAACAAAUGGUGUUGGUGUCAGGAAUAACAUCCAUGCUAUACUUCUUGUGGGCUUGUAUGAGGUGCUCAUGGAGAAUUCAUUUCUCACUGGAAAAUAUAGUGAAGAUAGCUGUAAACAAGUACUGCAACUCUUUGCCAAACAUGAAAAAGUUAUUACUGUGGUAAGGGAGUCUACAGCAGGCAAAAAAGGGAAGGUUGCCCAGACUAAAACACCAAACAGUCUUAUAUCAUUGAGUUGUGUGGUCAGUUUUCUGCAAGCCAUUAUCAUUGAUAACAGUCCUGAGCAUGAAAGUGGCAUCAAAAUUCUGAGAGAGGACAAGGAUUUUCUCCCAUAUCUCAUAUGUAUUGCCACACAAAAACUGAACCAAAUGUCCAGCAAAGGAACUUGUGAUGGUGAAAUAAAGAACAAAGAGAAACUGUUCAAAGCAUUCUUUAUGCUUGGAAGAUUGUUUCAUCUUUACUACGUUGAACAUGAGGCUUCCAAAGCUAAUAUUGACCAACGGGACAGGAAGUUAAUUAGCCAGUGUUUAGAAGGCCUAGAUUUAGUUGUGGGAAUAGCUUGUAAAAAUGGAUUGCCAUCUGUGCUUCACUGUCUUGGCUUCUUAGAAAAGGAGCCAGUGGAUGAAAAGAGACAUUUAAAAGAAAGUGACAAAGAUGAAAAAAUUCACCAGCACAUCAAAAGAUUCCAGCGCUUGGUCUCAACAAUCUUGAGUGAAGACAAAGAGAAUCAGAACCUGAAGGAAAUGACCAGCCUUAUCUCAGUGAUUGCUAAUUUGGCUUCUUAUUUGUCUGACCAUGGAGAAGAAUACCAACAAGUGCACACAUGGGUUUUAAAAGUUGCCACAGAACAAACCAUUGAUGAUGCAGCGACUUGUAGACAACUUUUGUCUGUUCUCUUUACCCUUGCUAAAAAGACAAAAUCAUUUCCUCAAAUUCUACGCAAUGUUUGUCAAGAUAUUCACAGUCAGCUCGGAGACAUAGAGCAGGACACUGAAAUAGAAGACACGACAAACUACACCAUAACAAGAGCAGCCCAUUGCCCAACAGCUGGAAUCUUGAGCCAGGUUUUAACAUAUCUAGAGAGUGAGCUGGAUGAUGUUGAUUGGGUGAUCAAGUGUCACAAGGCUGAAGUCGUGGCUGGAGCUAAUAGAAAAGAUCAAGAAGAAUCAAUGGACCGACCAAUCUGCACCAGACUGGGAAUGCUAGUUACAAGUUUUAUAGAGCUGACACAUUCAGCUGUACGCACAAAACCUUGUUCACAUGGGCUAUUGAAGGCUGUGACUAAGCUUUACAACACUCUCACCUUACUGACUAAACAUUAUAUAACAAUGUACACAUCCCAAGUUGGUCAGCUGGGCAGCAGAUUUGAGAAACUUGUAACAUUAGUUGGGAAACAACUAACUCCACCAACCUAUAGCAUGAUCAUCUACAUUCAGAUGUCAGACACGGAGACAACAACUGAAAAUGAUAAAAAAGAGAAAGGCAAGAAGAAAGCUUCCAGUUCUGCCCAAAAUGGAAUGAUCAAGACCAUGAAGCAAAUGAAAGUGAUUCCUAAUCUUAUAUUUGCUAUUGAGCAAUUUGAAAAAUUUCUCAUGCAGCUGAGCAAAAAGUCAAAGGUAAAUUUAUUGGAAAACAUUAAGAUUUCCACAUCCCGAGAUUUUAGAAUAAUCUCUAAAAAUGUGGACACAGUUGUUGAACAAGAAAUUUCUUCUGAUGACACUGAUGGGCAAGAUGAGGAUGAAACAACAGCUGAAAAAGCUGUUGAUAGUGGGGAAAGUUCAAGUUCUGACCAGGAAAACAAAAGUCAAGAGGAUCCACCAGAAGAACCUCCAGCCAAGAAAAAGAAGAGAAAAAGCUGAGAUAUAUGAAAUCUCAUUAUGUAUUAAUUAAUUGUUAAUCUACUUUACAAAUUUUUACAUUCAUUAAGAUAUAAGUGGGUUUUU